AUGAAGAAUGAAAACACGAAGAAAGAUGACCUUUUGAUGGAACAAAAUGAAAAUCGCCCAGCGCAAAUAAGUCUCCAUCAAUGGGCCGGGGAGCCUGUCAAGCAGGAAACAGAGACCGGGUACAACUACGCAAGGGCCCUGCUCCUGCUGGGCCUGGAUGAUGGGACUGGGCCUAGUGAUGAGGAUCCUGUCCUAAGGAGAGGGGCCUACCUGUCCUUUCUGUACCUGCGCCACCUGCGAAUCAGGGAGCUGCAGCGCAUCUGCUUAGGAAUUCUGAACUACUUCAGAUCUGUGGAGCGGACGCUGACGAUCAACACUUCAGGCCUUACCUUGGUCGCGGGGAGCCUGGUCCCCACCAUAGAAGAGAGUUCCUGGGUAAAUACGGCAAAAGGAGGCUCGGGCACCUUGCAAGGCCUGGGAGCUCACCACUAUGUCCAUGGGACACCUGCCGAGCACAAGAGAAAAAUACACCUCAAGCACCAGAGAAGGGACUACUGGAAAGUUGGCGAGAUCAAGGAAAAUGUGAAGUCCUGGGAGGCCAGGAAGAGCGUGACUCAAGAAGCAGGAAGUGCUGAAUUGUGUCAGAUGCUCCUGAGAGAUUAUGUCCAUGGCACCCAAUUCAUGGAGUUCUCAGAAGUGGAGAACCAGGAUGACUACUAUAGCACUGAAGCUGGCUACGUCCACACCCAGGACCAGCAAGGGGUGCAUGUCAUGUAUGACGAGGCCUUGAGUGACCUGAAGGAACUAGAGGCAGAACUGCUGCUGGUGGCCAGCCAUUACAUUGAGAAGGAAAAAGGUCACAAAGAGGGCAGCAAGUCAAAUGCUGGCCAGGUCUUGGGAUGGGCCCAUGCAGGAGUGGACAGAUUUGCUGUGCUGUGUGACCUGUGGACUUGGGAGGCAGCCCUUCUAGAAAACAAGCGCCAGCUUCUCGACUGUUACUUUGAAGCCUACCAGCACACGCUGGACCCCGAGGAGAGGUUUGCCUUAGCACAAGUGAUCACUGACAUCAUGUACAGGGGCCCCAGGUUUGAUCUCAGCCACCCUUACUUCAUUAAGGCCUACCGAGAUGAAUGCACCUGCCUGAGGCUUCACCAGCAGCUACUGAGGGGCAUCCUCAACCAGCACAUAGAGCAGCAGCGGGAAUAUGUCCAGAGGCUUUGGCAAGAAGGCCAUCCCGAUGAGAGCAAUAAUUUUGGACUUCCCCUUAACAUAAUUUGCAAACAACUUAUCUCCAUCAACAAUAGCUGCCCCACAUUGAAAAACAUUUAUCUGCUGGAGUUCCACCCUUCCCUGGGCCUGGCAUCGCUCAUCCCCAGAGCCCUCGAGCACCUCUUCCAGGAGGCCCGCCACAUCUGCAGGCCUGCAUCACCCAGCGGCCUCGCCCUGCUGGAGAGGCGGCUGCUACAGCUGGCCCUGGACGUGUGGCUCACCCCAGCCACGCCCGAGUCCUGGUACAGCGCACAGCUCCAGAAAGAUCUGCUUUCAGCGAAGGUGAUGGGCGAUCCCUUUCUUGUGGAGGAGAUAGGCCUGCUUGCACUUAAGUCUGCAGCAGCCGAAGGACAGAACCAAGGCCGAGGCGCUCGUGUGCUGCUCCUGGAGACGUUUUCCAAACUUCUGGAACUUGUGACCCUCCGCCACCGGCUGGUAGAAAUGAGCCUGGAGAGCGCACGCUUAGCUCGUCUCUAUAAGAAAAUGGCGUGGGAGAUGGGCUUUGAAGAGUUCCAUUUGCAUCUGAGGCCUGUUCACUUUGAAUUUGCAACACACAAGGACAUGGUGGAUCAUCCACCUCCUGUCUUUAUCACCUCUCUGCUGGAGAACAGUGAUCGCGUAGACAGAUAUUCUCCUACUACUCUUGUCUUGGCCAUCUCUGAGGUGGAUGAUAACCAAGUUGGCAAAUUUAGUUUUUAUACAAAGGAAGCCAUCCUUAAGCUCUUGUUCCAUUCGGGAGUUGAAAACAUGCAAGUGAUUCUUGCAUGUCAAGCUGCUCAGAAAAAUGCUUUGAUGGUGGCUGUCCAGCAUGCAUUCUUCUAUCACACUCCCCGAGGGGGCUGUCCUGCUGAUGUCCAGGAAAUACGUUCAGAUCUGAGAAAUGAUGGUGGAAUGGGUCCAACCAGAAGAAAUUCCAGAAUUGUAAAUGGCAUAGAGAGAUUGCUGUUGGCCCCAACUCCAAAACUUCCAGACACCUUUAUUCUUCCUUCAGAAAGAUCCAAGACUAUCAAAAGGUACUGUACCAGAGGGAAGCAGGAUUAA